GUCAGAGCGUUGUACGGUUUACCCUUUGAACUGUAGUACGCGUCGCGCAUUGUGGUCAUCAAACAUGGCUGCGGUGGAGUUUGGGGAUAGCGAAUUAUUUGAUCAGUUCGAAGAGAAAGCGCCAGAGCGCGAUCGUAUCAUAGAAGAGGUUGAUGAUGAAGAGAGUGAGAGUUCAGAUCGACUGCGGGAGCUUCGGCAGACAUUAGAAGUGUGCGAAGACACAAUAGAGCGUUUGAACGCAGAGAAUGAGGAACUGAAGAGAAAGUUAAACAUAUUAAGUCGUCCUACUGGUAUAAAAAUAGAAGAUUCCAAAAUCGAUGCGCCCCUUUGUCAAAUUAACUAUGGAAACAACAUCAUUUCGAAGCAGUGUCGGAAAGAAAUGGAGGACUUCAUCUUCAGUCUUGUCCAGAAGAGACUACAAGAGUGUAAAAAUUAUCCAGAAGGCUCUGCUCUCCAUGUCAAGCCACAUCAUUCAAGUUUCGUUAUGGAGGAAAGCUACAAAGUGAAGACUUCCAGUGACUUCAAGCAUAUAAAAAAUGCUUUCAGUAUGAUAGGAAGUGUUUUAUACUUCACCAACUUCUGUGUUGAUAAACUUGGCCAACCGCUACUGAAUGAAAACCCCCAGCUGACUGAUGGAUGGGAGGUUCCCAAAUACCAGCAGAUCUUUGGCCAAAUCAUUGCCCUUGAGGGCCAAGAAGUGCAGAUAAAGGAGAAAAGACUGAGACCAUGCUGUUUUAACUGCUGUUCUGAGGACCAUCAACUGCGAGACUGUCCAGAGCCCAAAGAUAUGGCUCGUAUCAAUGAAAAGAGGAAAGAGUUUUCACAGAACAACAAUCAGAGCAACCAGCGCUACCAUGCAGAAGAGGUCGAAGAGCGAUUUGCAAAGUACAAGCCAGGAAAUUUGAGUCAAGAGCUCCUUGAUGCGCUUGGGAUGAAUACAAAAACCCUUCCUCCAUUCAUCUAUCGCAUGAGGGAGCUCGGCUACCCACCUGGUUGGUUAAAAGAGGCAGAAAUGGAAAACUCAGGCCUGAUGCUCUAUGAUGGAUCAAAUGAUGAAGAUGAAAACAACCACAGCCAAAAGAUAUCUUACGAUGUCUCAAAGCUGGUUGACUUUCCUGGCUUCAAUGUGUCUACACCCCCCAACGUAAGAGAUGUAAGUGUACACACACAUUUAUUGGACACAAAACAAUGCAUGGAUUAUGCGAGCACUGCUGCAUUAAGGAGGAACAUAAUGGAAAGGUUUACCGUGUUGCCUCAGCACUGGAAGCAAAAUUUUGCUGCUUUUUUAAGCAGUAACUUUCCAACGGGCUCCAGCUGCAGUAAGAGACGUCACGAGUCUGAAUCCACACCCCAGAAGACAAAGAAAUGGAGAUCCAAUUCAGAAAACCACGAAUCAGACAUGGAGAUAGAAUCAGAUCAUGACAUGUCUCAAAUUAGAUCUGAUGGUUUCCAGUUCCCCCCACCACCACCACCUCCUGGCUCUUCUUCCUUGGGCGUUGCUCCACCUCUGCCGCUGGGAACGCCUCCAUCCACACCUCCAAUCCCUAAAGGAACUCCACCCCCAACUCCACCUACAAAUUAUUCUCCGUCCACUCAAGCCAGAGGGUUGACUGAGAGGGAAGAGUCAGAGGAUGGGCUGACUCUGGAGGAACUGGAGGAGCAGCAAAGGCUUCUUUGGGCAGCCCUUGAGAAGGCAGAUACUGCAACCAACAGUGAUUCUGAAGCUGGAGCUUCUGAGACCCCCGUCCCAAGUUCCCCUAGUGUCGUCGCUUCACUUAAACUUGACUCGGAGGAAGACGGAGAAAAGAUGGAGAACUCGAGUCUUACAUAUGAAAUCAAAAGUACACCAAUGUCACCUGUUGAACCAGUAACUAAUGCAUGUGAGGAUGGGAGGAUAGAUGAAACAGCCAGCGAUGGCCAGGAAAAACAUUCAAUUAAUGAAAAAGUGAUCGAUUUGCAAGCGGAGAUGAGUGACAUUAUUGUGCUGGAUGAAGUCUAUGAGGAAAACACUAAUCAUGAUGCAACAAAUGGAACUUCAGACACUCCUCAGAUAAGCACACAGGAGUCAAAUGCGCAAGUGGCCGACGACAUGGAGGAACCUGUUGUAAAUAAAGUAACUUUCGUUCCACACCGUAGCAGAUUUGCUGCGGGAAUAAUUCCUUUUGAGGACACACCUGAGUUUACAGAGGUUGCUGAAGCAACAGGGGUUUACCUCAAGAUUCGAGAUUUACUGAAAGGCUCCCCAAGAAAUCAGGCCAAGAACAAGAAAUAAUCGAAGUCGUCUGUUUUAUACUGCCCACCUGUGGACAAGAAAUGUUUUUUUUUUCUCUUAUUACAGUCCUUUUGUAUGUAGUUUUACUUUGGUGCUUUGUAUCUUUUUACUGCUAUUGUGUGAUUUUUAAAAACACAGAAAGGUUACAUUUGGUUUGUACCUGAAUAUUAACUGACUGUGGGUACUUGUUCUGUGUGUAGAUGUUUGUUUGUUUUUAUUCUUGUUCCGUUUUCUGUAAUUACAAAUGUUACUCCUACAUCUCAUGCCAUUCUGAUUUGUAUGCCUGCCA